AUGAAGGUCAAUACACCGCGAGUCGAGACCCACGACAAGACCCGGCGGGCCCGCGGAGGCAGACUCAGGAUCAGGAAGAACCUGACGGCCAGGACCCUUGCCAUCCCCACCCGCCAGACUCCGAUCAAUGGCGGCGCUGCCACGCCGCAGCCGUCGCAGCUGACGCACCCCCACGAGACGGAGGAUGAGGCCAGCAGCGGCAUCAGUGGCGGCGGCGGCAACCUCGGCGUCCAAGGCCGCUCCCCCCUGGCGCCAAUCGCUGUCACGGAAGUCAACUGGCCCCCCCACUGCAACGACGCCGACCUCCUGCUGCCGUUGGAGGGCACCGACCCCGCCACCAUCGCCGAGGCGCGGGCGGUGCUGGCGGCUGCGCGCGGCGCGUCCGCGCCCCACACUCACUUCAUCGAGUUUCUGGAGCCGCAGCUGGGCAGCCCCGAGGCCGCCCCCUUCGUCCGCCACCUGCUGCACCACUGGCGCUGCGCCGCGCCGCUGGACUGCGCGGGCGCGGGCGAUGGGCCCAACAAGGGGGGGUAUGAGGGCGCCUGCUCGCCCUAUGAGAUGCCCGCAGAGCCCGAGGCAGCUUCCUGGGCCCUGGAGAUGGCGGCGGUGUUUUCGGGUGUGCUGUAG